AUGACGGAGGUCUCAUCCACUCGCCUCUAUCUUGGGAAUUUGCCCCGCAACGCGACCAAAAACGAUGUGGAAAACCACUUUGCCACUCAUGGCACCGGAAAGAUUACCGAGAUCAAGCUCAUGAAUGGAUUUGGCUUCAUUGAGUAUGAAGAUGCUUUGGAUGCUCGUGACGUGGUUCCUGCCUUCCAUGGAACCGAUUUCAUGGGUGAACGUCUGACUGUUCAGUUCGCUCGCGGUUCGCGCCCCCGCGACCCCUAUGCUCCUCAUGAACGCAGCGCUCCUCGACCAAGGCGGACGCAGUAUCGCAUGCAAAUCUCCGGACUUCCGAUCGACACCAGUUGGCAGAGCAUGCACAACCACGAAACCGGACAUGGACUUAUGCGGAACCUGCAGGACCUGAAAGACUUUGCCCGGCAAUCUGGCCUCGACGUGGUCUACUCGGAGACUGGCCGCGACCGUGAUGGGAGAGGCUUUGUGGAAUACGAGAAUGGAGCAGACCUGAGGACCGCCGUGGAAAAGCUCGACAAUCAUGACUUCAAGGGCGCUCGUGUUCACUGCGUGGCUGAUAUUCAAGAGCAGCGUCCUGCGCGUGACCGUUACCGGUCUCGUUCACCCUCUGGAGCUCGCCGCGGCGCGGCCCCUGUUGCAGAUGACUACUACGACCGCAGGGCUCCUCGAGGAUUCAGCCCACCGCCUCGGCGUUAUGACUACCGUGAGCGUUCUCCAGGCCCUCGUCGUGACUAUUACUAUGACCCUCGCGACCGGUACCCGCGAUCUCCUCCUUCGCGCCCUCGAGGUCCGCCGGAAGAUUAUCCUGCUGUGCGCCGCCCGUACCCGGAUGAUCCCUAUGCGCCACGCCGCUACGAGCCCGACCCUUAUAUGAAUGGCCAUGCUCGGCCGUACGAUAGGCCGCCUUCUCCUCGACGACCUAGGUCUCCCAGAGGCGGAUAUGACGCGUAUGAUCGCAGGGCCUACUGGUAA